GCGGAAAUCCAAAUCAUUUUUUUUUUGGUAGUAAAAAUAACCGGCAUGUAAAUAUGAACAUACUCGUCUGCUUUGCGUUGUCAAUGUGGACUCAGAAUGAUAAUUUCUAACUGAAUUUUACACCAACAGUUUUGUAGUUAAAGUAAAGAGAGGAUAGUGAGUCGGGUCGCUGUUGGUGGCUACAUCUGGCGUUAUUCUUGAUAUGAUACUUCGGUUGCAGCUGUGUUACUGUUAGCUAGCAAGCUGAGAAUGGCCAACAUGCUUUUCACCGGUUCGAAAGGGCGGCUAUUUUCUUGCAUAACUUUUAUUUUACUGUCACAAUGCACUGUAGCUAAAGAUGUAAAAAGCCUCUGUUCAACCUGUAAACAGAUAACCGAGAACUUCAACAAGGGGUUUGAACGGACAGCGAAGCAGAACUUCGGCGGAGGUAACACGGCCUGGGAGGAGAGGAAGUUGUCUAAAUAUGAGACCAGUGAGAUCCGCCUGGUGGAGAUCCUGGAGUCUGUGUGUGACAGCAGCAGCUUUGAAUGCAACCACAUGGUAGAGCAGCACGAGGAACACUUUGAGACCUGGUGGUUCAAGAGGAAAGCCAAGCAUCCUGACCUGUUUAAGUGGUUCUGCGUUGACACCAUCACAGUCUGCUGCCCAAAAGGAACGUUUGGUCCAGACUGCAACGCGUGCGUUGGUGGUUCUGAGAGGCCUUGCCAUGGCAACGGGGCGUGUGAUGGCGACGGGACCCGAGGGGGCAAGGGCAAGUGCAGCUGUAACCACGGUUACCAGGGAGAGUUCUGUCUGGACUGCGUGGACGGGUUCUUCGAAGAGCUUCGCAACGACACUUUCUCUCUGUGUACAGGUUGUCAUGGUUCCUGUAAGAUCUGCUCCGGCCCGACCAACGACGACUGUGACGAGUGCAAGGCAGGCUGGGAGGAGGACGACCAGGGCGCCUGCAUUGAUGUGGACGAGUGUUCUACAGACUCCGCCCCCUGCCAGGAAGAGCAGCACUGCCUGAACUCAGACGGAUCGUACUCCUGCAGAGCCUGUGACCAGGUAUGCUCCGGGUGUACAGGAGAGGGUCCUGAUAAGUGCAAGGCUUGUGCCAGCGGGUACCAAGACACAGAGGGCACCUGUACAGACAUGGACGAGUGUUCCCAGCUGGAGGCCGUGUGUCCGGAGGAGCGGCGGUGUGUGAACACCAGGGGGAGCUACUCCUGCCACUGCCCAGAGGGCUUCCAGGAACAGGAAGGAGCCUGCGUCAAAACACCAGAACCCGUUGAAGAGGGGGAGGAGGAGGAGGAGCCAGCAAGUGAGACCGCCAAUCACCCAGAGGGACACGAGGACCUUUGACCCUGACGGGACCAAUGGGAGCAAACCAGAAAGGAACUUUAGGGAGUUACUAUUGGUUGACAAACCACAGCAGGAAGUCUGAGCCCUCUCCUCAUGAACCAACCGCUCUAACUUCCCCGUACUGUACACUCCUCCCUGAGGAAGGACUUGGAGCGCAACACAGACGACUCACUGAGGCUGAGAAAGACCUGGAGACAUUUUCAUGUUCAAGAAACAUAACUAUUAGUUUAUUCAAUCAUUGCUGGCCUUUGUCAUGAUUAUUUCUCCUAUGUUUUGAUUAUGAUGUCUGGUUUUAAAAAUUAAAAAAACUUUCAAGAAAUGAUUCAAUAAAAUU